AUGCUUGAUAGUAAUAAAGAUAAUUUAAAAUUAGAUGCUAUGCGUCGAAUUAUCGGUUUAAUUGCAAAAGAAAGAGAUGCUGCUGAUCUAUUUUCAGCUGUUGUUAAAAAUGUUGUUUCAAAAAAUAUGGAAACAAAAGAAUCAGUUUAUGUUUAUUUAAUGCGUUAUGAUGAAGAACAACAAGAUUUAGCAUUACUUUCUAUUGCAACAUUUCAACGAGGGUUAAAAGAUCCAAAUCAAUUAAUUCGCGCAAGUACAUUACGAGUCUUAUCAAGCAUUCGUGUACCAACAACAGCAACAAUAAUGAUGUUAGCUAUUCAAGAUACUGCUAAUGAUAUGUCACCAUGCAUUCGAAGAACUGCUGCAAAUGCUAUAAUCAAACUUUAUGCUUUGGAUCCAAAAAUAAAAGAAGACUUAAUUUUAAUUAUAAAAAAAUUACUUGCUGAUAAAACAAUUACAUACGAAGAUGAAAAACAAAGUUUUCAUGAUGAUGAUACAAAUGAAACAGCAAAAAGUCCGAAUAAUGAUGAUGAUUCAUUAAAUAAACGAACAUAUAUUAUGGAUAGUGAUCAUCAAUUAUUAUUAAGAUGUGCAAAACCUUUAUUAUAA